AUGCAAUCCAAACCUCUAUCUGCCGUGGCCCUAGGCCUGGCGUCCAUUUCCUUCGUCGCAGCCGACACGACAGUCACCAUCAAUGCCAAAUCUAAUAACGGCGUAUGGGAGGGAUGGGGGACUUCUCUUGCGUGGUGGGCACAGGCCUUUGGAGACCGCGAUGACCUCGCCGAUAUCUUCUUCACCACCACUACCGUUAAUUUCAGCAACGUGGAGCUCCCCGGUCUCGGCUUAAACAUUGUUCGCCAUAACGCUGGCGCCUCUAGCACUACGCCCGUUGGCAGUGAUAGCAUGGUCGUUUCGCCUAGCAUUAAGCCCUCCAGGCAAGUCAUGGGCCACUGGAUUGAUUGGAACAGCGCCGACCCGACUUCAAGCAGCUGGAACUGGGAUAUCGACUUGAAACAACGAUCCAUGAUGCAGAAGGCUCACGCCCGCGGUGCCGAUAGAUUUGAGCUCUUCUCUAAUUCGCCCAUGUGGUGGAUGACGAGUAACCAUAACCCAUCAGGAGACGCAAAGGGCGGCGAAAACAUCCAGUCAUGGAACACUGCACAGCACGCUGUGUAUUUGGCAAAUAUUGCUAAAUAUGCUAAGGACAACUGGAACAUCACUUUCGAGUCAGUGGAACCGCUUAACGAGCCGUCGGCAGACUGGUGGAAGGCGGAUGGCACACAGGAGGGCUGCCAUAUCGACAUUAGCACGCAGGCCAGCAUUAUUGGCUCCUUGCGAUCAGAGCUCAACGACCGCGGCCUACAGGGCGCUUUCAUUUCUGCAUCAGAUGAAAACACCUAUGAUCAGGCCGUGAAGACCCUCAAAAGCCUAGGCGACGACGCACUCAACAAUAUCGGGAGGAUCAACGUGCACGGGUACCAGUAUGGGGACGGCGAUCGCGCUGGAGUCCUUCAGAUUGCUGUAGACCGGGGCUUGCGGUUAUGGAACAGCGAGUACGGAGAGAACGAUGCCACAGGCCAGCAGCUCGUCAGCAAUCUGAUUCAGGACUUCCGCUGGCUGAAGCCGACGGGCUGGGUGUACUGGCAGGUCCUCGACGGUGGCGGCUGGGGCGUCAUCGACGCUGAUAACGACGCGGGUACGGUGGGAGCCGCCAACCAGAAGUACUUUGUGCUGGCUCAAUUUUCGCGCCACAUCCGCGACGGCAUGCAGAUCCUGGACGGCGGUGCUGACAAUGUUGUGGCCGCGUACGAUAACGCCAACGAGAAGCUGGUGAUCGUUGCAGUCAACUGGGGUGAUGCGCAGAACCUUGUGUUCGACCUGAGCCAGUUCACGCAGGCCUCAACGGAUGGAGCUGUAGUAACGCGGUGGCGGACGCAGCUUGGGAGCGGGGACCAGUAUAUCAAGUCCACAGAGGUAACGAUGACUGGAACCACGUUCUCAGCGGCUUUUGAACAGAACAUGGUCGAGACCUUUGAAAUUAAGAAUGUCAAGAUCUAG